AUGCCUGUACGCCCAGCCAUGAUUGAGGAUAAGGGUCACCGUGUGACCGACUACUUUGUGGUUGCCGGGCUUACGGACAAGUCCACGCCUCUGGAGCAGGACCUCUCCGAGACCAAGUCCAGCGGGCCCAAAGCCCCUAUCAGCGACCUGGCCGUCAUCAACCGGUCCGCCGGAGAGACAGUUCCUGAAGGCUUCACAUGCAUCGACAGCACCUACAGCGGCCAGCCCGCCAACCUCAACCACGGCAGCCUGAAGAGCCCCGAGCUGUUCCUGUGCUACAAGAGGGGCCGGGGGAAGUCCCCGCUCAUCGACAUCGGAUUGCAGGUUUAUCCUCUGCACUCCUCUGUGACUCUAGAGGAGCAGAACUGCGUGUUUCUGUCACCUGUCCCUGGAUACAGAAAGGUCAUCCUUUCCACCAACAUUGCUGAGAGUUCGGUGACUGUCCCAGAUGUCAAAUACGUGAUUGAUUUCUGCCUGGUCCGUCACAUGGUCUGCGAUCAAGAUACCAACUAUCAGUCUCUGCGCCUCACCUGGGCAUCCAAAACCAACUGCAACCAGCGUCGGGGUAGGGCAGGUCGAGUGUCGAAGGGCUACUGCUACCGCCUUGUGACCAAAGAGUUCUUUAAGAAUGAAAUCCCAGACUACAUGAUCCCUGAGAUGCUGCUCGCCCCGCUGUCCAACAUCAUGCUGAAGGUGAAGCUGCUGGAUAUGGGAGAUCCCCGCUCCAUCCUCUCCACGGCACUCUCACCCCCCAACCUUGGUGACAUAGUGAGGACAGUCCUGCAGCUCAAAGAGCCCUAA